AUGUUGCGGAUGGCGGAGGGCUUGCAGGGCGAUCGAUCCGAUGAGCUUCUGGAACGGUAUCGCUGCAUCGUCAACCGCUUAAGGUUGGACAUCCGCUUCUUCAUCCACGCCAUGGACGAGUUCUCGGAGCCCGAUGGCUGGGAUGCGGCAGCGGCCGAGCGGCAGCUGCAGGAGUUCGCUGCGGCCGCCAUGAAAGAGCGGCUGCCCUCUGUGUCGGCCAUUGUCUCCUUGCUGAACUUCCGGGACAUGCUGCUCAUGGCCCUGCAACUUGGCAGUCGCGCAGUGGCCUUCCCAUUUCCGGUCGAGGGCCGAUGGGCUGGCAUGCGUCAGGAUUGA